GAGCGAUGUCACUGAUAUCAACUAUGGAGUUCUCCCUUCAGGCAAUCGACUGGUGGCAAUUGGCGAAUUUGAUGUCACUAUCUGGGAUCCUGUUCUAUUGGAAUCACGACCGUCUCGCCACGUGACGUCCCUGAUCCUUUCCCCAACGUCUAGACAAUUCGCUGCUGCCUUCUCCGACGGCGUUGUAGAACUCUCUGAUUUAAACGGGAAUCCUCUGUCGUGUGCCGUGCUCCCUGGCGCCAGAUCGCCAUUCGCUUUUGCACCAAAUGGUGCACAACUUGUCUGUGCAUCACUAAACAACGACCUCCUUUGUUUUAACCUCGCCGAGCAAACCUUUGUGAAGCCAGCGUACUUGGGUCACAGUGGCCCUAUCACAGCACUCGCCUUUUCUGCUGAUCGCAUACAUCUGGUAACUGCUUCACAAGACAGCACAAUCCGUAUAUGGGAUGUCCAGUCUGAAAGUGAACAAUGCUCGCUACCCUGCAACUCAUCUGAUGUAGUCAAGUCGCUGGCUUUCUCCUCAGACAAGUCCCGUGUUUCCUAUCAAGUUGUCAGUGGCUACCAUAGCCUCUAUCAAACGCUUGAUGCAACCUCUGGCCAUAUCAUUGGCUACGUUGGUUAUCGUCCUUAUCGGGAUAUGCAGCACUGGGCAUCAUUCUCACCAGAAGGAAAACACAUUGUGUGUGUGUCGACCAAUGGCCACAGCUGUUUGCGUGAUGGCCAUACAGUGGACAUUAAGCACACCACUCCAGGCGUUACGAACACCGUUCAGCAAACAUUGAAGAGCUCUCUUGGUACAAUAACAAUACUCUGCCUAUCGUUCGAUGGAAAGUACAUUCUCAUUGGAACAGAAGACGGAUAUGUCAGUAUGUCAGAUAUAACACAAGGGGUACUAAUCUGGGAAGCAGCCGGGUACCACAACAUGAGGAACAUGGCAUUCUCUUCUCAUGAAGACAAAGUUGCCAUUAUCGUUGGUAAGUCUGACUCACCCACUCGCCAGGUCAAUUUCCUUGAAAGAUCGACUGGAAAAUUACUGUCAUGCUGUCAUGC